CCUCACAGGAAGUCUCAUUAGUUGUUUUUUUUUUUCCGGUUUUUUUUGGACCCUUCACCCACAGACCCCUCACACUCAGGAUGUCUCCGUCCACGUCCCCGCGGUUCUUCACCGAGAGGGAGGUGGCCCUCCACUGCACCAAGGACUCCUGCUGGGUGCUGCUGGGGACCAGAGUUUACGACGUUACGACCUUCUUGCGAAUGCACCCGGGCGGCGAGGCGCUGAUACGGAGCCGCGCGGGGAAGGACCUCACCCGGGAGAUGGAGGGACCGCCGCACCGGCACUCUGAGAACGCCAGGCGGUGGUUGGAGCAGUACUACAUUGGGGAAGUGGACCGGGAGAGCGGCGCAGAAGAGGUACAGACUCUGAGGGAGAGAAGAAAAGCCAAUGAAGAGACAGAAGAAAAGUCUGCAGAUAAAAACAACAAGUUGCAAGAAGAGGAUGAAGACUCUCCUCACAAGCUCUGCAGCUCUGUGGAUCUAGACAAGGACCUAGUGGACUGGAGGAAGCCCCUAGCCUGGCAGGUCGGCCACCUGAGAGAGAAGUAUGAUGCAUGGGUUCAUCAGCCAGUCGACAGACCCAUCCGACUGUUUGGGAACCCGUUCAUGGAAGCUGCAACCAAAACUUCCUGGUACUGGGUCCCUGUGGUCUGGCUUCCCAUUGUCUUCUAUCUUUGCUGGCACUGCUACACCACCCUGGCACAGGGCACCACACGGCUGGAGCUUAGCUCAAAGUUCUCCAUCCCGAUCCAUAAGUACAUGUUCCCAUUCCUUUUUCUGUUGGGUUGGUCCCUGUGGACGUUCAUCGAGUACUGCAUCCACCGCUUCGUCUUCCACAUGAAACCGCCGGCUCAUAACUACUACCUCAUUACGCUGCACUUCCUUCUGCACGGCCAGCACCAUAAGUCUCCAUUUGAUGGCUCUCGGCUCGUCUUUCCUCCUGGUUUGGCCUCCAUAGUAGUGGGGAUGUUCUACAUGACGCUGUGUAAGAUGCUGCCGCAGACCCUCGGCGUGUCUGUGUUUGUUGGUGGGCUAUGCGGCUACGUCGUGUACGACAUGAUCCACUACUACCUUCACUAUGGCUCGCCAAAGAAAGGCUCGUACCUUUAUGGUCUGAAGGCUUACCACGUCAAACAUCACUUUAAGCACCAGAGAUCAGGUUUUGGAAUCACAACCACAUUCUGGGAUCAUCCCUUCAACACAGCCAUCCCCGAUGAGAAAUUCUAACCUACAAACGGCUCUUCUGAAGGGGCCUCUGGACUUAUCAGCCUCCCUAAUUAGUGACCCGUCCACCUGUUUUACCCCCCGGCUGUUUAAGCACUGCAACAGCCGACUCAUCCAUAUCGCUUUAACACAAUAAAUUUUCUUCAGAUCAUUCAUACCUGUGUGAGGACCAGCCUGCUCGGAUCUCACUUUGAUUGUUUUUGCACUUUUGGUGCCAUUAUUAAUCAACAGACGGAUGCUUCAUGAUACAGACCCUGUCAGCUAAACAUUGACCAGAUUAGCAGCUAGAAUAUUCACCAAGCUUACUGUGGAAAUCAUUUGUAAUAAACAUGCAAACAGAUUGAAAUGCACACAUGCUAAAGCGCAGAGGGGGAAAAGGAAGUGGCAGAUGGUGGGUGGAUGUGGCAACAGGUGUGUGAGCAUCAACGAAUCAUCGUCCCUGUUAAAGCAACUCAGGAAAAAUCACUUUGAAUGUUUGUUGUUCUCCCUUUAAGGAGACCAACUCACCAAAGCACCUGCGAACACAAAAACUUUGUUUUCAGAUAUCUUGAUCCAGUCAGGCUUUAAUUUAUUAAACAUCUGAGUUCGGUUCUACUGUAAUUUGAGCUGCUGCUCCAGAUGUUUGAAACAUGCACAUAUUUCUGCUGUAAUAUUCCCUGUUUUCUUUUCCUCCCUGUUUGAUUUCAUAAUGUACAAAAAUAGUCUUUAUUUUUAGAAUGUUUUGUACAAAAGAGGAGAUGCUUUCAUUGUAUGAGAUCAGAUGUCUGUGAAUCGGUGGGAUGGAUUAAAGGAGGAACAAUGUAAGGUGUCAGAGGGAUGGAGCUGAAGGAAUGAAGCACAGCUGUUGGACGUACUGCUGUAGAGAUCUGGGGGUCAACAGUUACAGAAAAUUACUCAGAAACAGACUGGAAAAGGGAGACAAAGGCCUCUGGUUGGUUGUUGCUCAAAUUUAAGUAAGGUGAGGAGAGCAAUGGUUGACCUUCUCAAUAAACCUCAACAGUAGAAAGCAGUUUGUAGUAAGAGCAGCAGCUACUGCCAUCUAGAGGUGACUGGUGGGACUAAUGUUAACUAACUAUUUAACAGAGAGAAGCCCAACGAGCUUUUUCAGUUAUUGUGACAAAUUCUGCAUAGAUAAAUAAUGCCUGCAGCUUUAUAUCUUUAACCCACGGCUCAGACUCUGUCGGCAUCAUUCCUACAAAUCCCAUCAGGUUUCAUAGUCUUGACCUUCAAAGAUCAUUGUGGAUGAAAACCUUAGGGAAAAAAAACAAAACAAGGUGUCCACCUGCUUCAAAUAUUGAUAUUUGUGUAAAAAAAAAAA